UGGGAAUGGGAUGAUGAAGAUGAAAGACUCGCCGCGCCCCUCAAACCCACCCCCCUCUCUCUCGCGCGCGCUCGAUAAAGGGGAGGAGGGAGGUUUAAGGUUGGAUCUGAGACAGUGGUGUGGCAUGGGUUUGGGGGUGCUGGUUGUUGCCUUGUUGGGGGGCGGGUUUUGUGGCAGAGGUGUUUGAGAUUGGGGGAUCGUGAGGGAAAAGGGGGCUGUUGUUGGUGGUGGUGGUGUUGGAUCAUGGUGAGGGGUAUCUUUGACUGUCAGUCAGUCUCGGUCUCGCUCGCUCGCUCUUAUCUCUUGGAUAUAUUAUCUGAUGGGGUUCACACACAGACAUACAUAUGCAAUUAUGGAUACUUGAUUGUGGGUAGGUUGGGAGGUACCUCGGUGUUCACUGUCGUCUUACCUCGUCGUACUGGGUACGGUAUGUAUCGAGGUAUUGACAGUACCGGAUGGACGUAUGUAACAUAUACGUAAGGAGAGACAUCGGGUGGAUCAGCUGACGAGCCUCCGCUGCGGCAUAUUGACG